AUUAGGUGCGAGUCUUCAGUUCUUCAGCUUCAGUUCCACGCUGUCGCGCCGAGUGAACACUUGUUGAAAUGUCUUUGGCUGAUAAGAAGGCUCUCAUCACUGGAGCUUGCAGUGGCAUCGGUUACGCAAUCGGCGAGGAGUUCCUGAGGAAUGACGCCAAAGUGCUGAUCGUCGUGGACAUUCACUUGACGGAGCCGGAGAGCAUUGCGUCAUGGCGCGCAAAGUAUCCCAAGGCCAGCGUGAAGUACUUCUCCGUCGACGUGAGGCUGGACGAGAAGCUGAAGAAGUGCUACGAAGAUGUGGAGAAGGCCUUCGGCAGCCUUGACAUCGUGGUGAAUUGCGCGGGAAUCAUGGGCGAGCAUGACUACAAGAGGAUGAUCGACAUCAAUUUUGCCGGAAUGAUCGGCUCGAGCUUGUACGCCAUCGAGAACAUGAGAAAGGAUGGCAAGGGCAGUGGAGGAGUGAUUGUGAACUUCGCCUCCAUUGUGGGCGUCGAGCCGGUGAGCGUUUGUCCAGUUUACAGCGCCACAAAGGUCGGCAUUAACGCCUUUCAUCGCUCAGUGGCGCACGACAAUGAUCAGCUGGGCAUCAAAUUCCUCAGCAUCUGUCCAGGAUUGACAGAAACUUCGCUCUUCGAUAACAAAACUCAUCCUGGCUUCCACUAUUUGGCCACAGCAGAGAAACUCCAGAAAACCAGAGCAGCGAUGAAGUCUCAAAAGCCUGACGUUAUCAGCACGGGUUUGAUCAAACUCAUACACGAAGCCAAAAACGGAAGCGUUUGGGUUAUUGAGGAAGGAAAGUGGAGAGAGGAAAUUUUCCCCGAAUUGAAGUAUUAAGAAUACCCAAAGUUGUACAAAAUUAUCGGGAAAUAAAUGGGAAA